AUGGCAGGCAUCUUCGAGGCCCCGCGGAAUGCGGACACUCUUUUCUUGGGUGGUCAGAAAAUCACCGGUGCCGAUGUCAGGGAGCAAAAUGUUCUCGCAACUCAGGCUAUCUCAAAUGUCAUCAAGAGCUCUUUCGGUCCCUCGGGCUUGGAUAAGAUGAUGGUGGACGACAUAGGGGAUGUUACCGUGACAAACGACGGAGCUACUAUUCUCUCUUUACUGGAUAUUGAACACCCCGCGGGCAAGAUUCUUGUCGACCUCGCCCAGCAACAGGAUAAGGAGGUUGGUGAUGGUACCACCUCCGUCGUCCUGAUCGCUGCCGAGCUUCUGCGUAGAGGCAACGAGUUGAUGAAGAACCGCAUACACCCUACUACGAUUAUCAGCGGAUACCGUCUCGCGCUUCGUGAGGCUGUCAAGUAUAUGAACGAGAAUGUGACGACAAAGGUCGAGAACCUGGGACGGGACAGCUUGAUCAACAUUGCGAAGACUUCCAUGUCCAGCAAAAUCAUCGGUGCUGAUUCGGAUUUCUUUGCCAACAUGUGUGUGGACGCCAUGCUGCAGGUGAAAUCGACAAACCAGAGAGGCGAGGUCAAAUACCCUGUUAAGGCUGUGAACUUGCUCAAGGCCCACGGUAAGAGUGUUCUUGAGUCUGUUCUUGUCCACGGUUAUGCUCUGAACUGCACUGUUGCCUCUCAGGCCAUGACAACCCGUGUCACAGACGCCAAGAUUGCCUGUCUGGACAUGAACUUGCAAAAGGAGCGCAUGAAGCUGGGUGUUCAAAUCACAGUUGAAGAUCCCGAUCAAUUGGAGAAGAUUCGCCAGCGCGAGGCCGGUAUUGUUCUCGAGCGAGUUGAGAUGAUUCUGAAGUCUGGUGCCAACGUCGUCCUCACCACCAAGGGUAUCGAUGACAUGGUCCUGAAGCUUUUCGUUGAGAAGGGCGCUAUGGCUGUUCGCCGCUGCAAGAAGGAGGAUCUCCGCCGCAUUGCCAAGGCUACCGGUGCUACUUUGGUCAGCACUCUGUCAGACUUGAAUGGUGAUGAGAAGUUCGACGCUUCCUACCUCGGCCACGCUGAGGAGGUUGCGCAAGAGCGCAUCUCCGAUGAUGAGUGUAUUCUGGUCCGGGGCACCAAGGUUCACACCUCUGCUUCUAUCAUCCUCCGUGGUCCCAACGAGUUCAGCUUGGAUGAGAUGGAGCGAUCCGUUCACGAUACUCUCUGCGCUGUUAAGCGAACCCUGGAGAGUGGCAAAAUCGUACCUGGUGGUGGUGCUGUGGAGACAGCCCUUCACAUUUACCUUGAGGAGUUUGCUGUCACGGUGGGCUCCCGUGAGCAACUCGCUAUUGGAGAAUUUGCCCAAUCAUUGCUCGUCAUUCCCAAGACCCUGGCUGUAAAUGCUGCCAAGGAUUCCUCUGAGCUGGUCGCCCAACUCCGUGCCCGCCACGCCCUGUCACAGCGUAUGCAGGAUGGCGAUGCCAACGAGCAAGAGAAGGCAAUUGCUAAGAAGAAGACAUACCAAAACUAUGGUCUGGAUCUGAUGAAGGGACGCGUUCACGACACUCUUAAGGCUGGUGUUCUCGAGCCUAGCAUGAGCAAGGUUAAGCAGCUCAAGUCUGCUGUUGAGGCUUGCAUUGCUAUUAUGCGUAUUGACACAAUCAUCAAGCUGGAUCCGGAGCAGCCCCAGGAUGAUGGCCACGGUCAUUAA